AUGGCACCUGCCUUGUCGGCAUCUUUCUUUUCUCUGCCCCUGCCAUCUUGGCUCCAGCCAACGAGUACUCGAGUCGCGCAAUAUGACCGCCGAAAACGCAAGAAGAGUAACGACUGGACCGACGAGGAGGUUGAUGGCGCAUAUACAACGGAUGCCACUUCAGCGGGAGAAUCUGCUGUUGCUGGACCAGCGCUAGUUUUGACACCGAAUGAAUCACACCAAUAUCGGGUCGCUGGCCUCACUUUCGACCAAGAGUUGCCCGGAGGAAACUUCCCUCAUGGGCCACCCAGGAAUGAACAAUCCCCAGGAGAGUCGAAGAAAUUGCUGAGCCAUCAUCUGCGAAACCUGUCGACGCUGCGCGAUCCCGUAUAUCCUCCUCAAUCUGCAGCCCAUCAAGGCACCAUCCGGCUUCAGCAUCUAUCGGUUUUAACCGCUAUUUUGCACAAGUGCCUCCUUCAAAGGGACUAUGUUCGAGCUGGCCGAGCGUGGGGCUUGAUUCUUCGAGAAGAGUUUCAUGGCUUUUCAGUGGAUGUUCGCAGUGAGGGCCGAUGGGGGGUGGGAGCGGAGAUUUUGUUGCGCCGGGGUCAACAAGAGAUGUCGCAGCCAGCGUCAGAUGCUCGGGAUGAUGCAUCUUCAACGAAGGAACGAGCGGUGCUCUCCUUCACACGGAAAGGCUUUGAGGAAGCUAAAGAAUAUUAUGAGCGGUUAAUUCUAAAUCAUCCUUAUUCAAAAAGUGCUCCUCAUGCCGUAUCUGCGUUGACCUUCUAUCCUGCAAUGUUUGGAUUGUGGAUCUACGUGGUCCAAGAAGAGAGUCAGGUGGCGAGAAGGAAUUUGGCCACUGAAUCAGAAGACUCGUCGGAUGAGCUGUCCGGCGAUGACAUGUCAUCAGUUGACCUUGAACGUCGGCCUUCGAGCGUAAAAGCCACGCUCGUUGCCGAUAUACGAAAGCGGGAGCUCGAGGAAGCGCAAAGGAUUGCAACGCGCAUGGACAUGCUUCUCGGGACUCCGCCAUAUUCUGACUCUGCAGAAUUGCUCGAGCUGCGGGGUAUGGUGUCGCUCUGGAUAGCCGAUUUACUUGUCUCGUCUCUUGAGGCUUUGCCAGAGACUUCACACCAUGACGAUUCAGAAAUGAUGCUCACAGACCAUCUGCCGACCGACCUCGGAGCACGUCGUAGAUAUCGACUUGCUUUGGAGCGCAAGGAAAAGGAGAGGAGAAAAGCAGACGCCUUUUUGGAAAAAUCCCAGAAGCGUGCACGAGGAGUGGCGUAUAAUUUGGAACAUUUGCAUCUCGAGGAAGAUUUGCAUUCUGAUUAA